GAGUUUGUUGAAGCCUCACAGCUUGCAUUAAUCUAUUUUAACUCUACACUCCAUUGCAUUUGCAUUUGCAUUUGCAUUUGCAUUUGCAUAGCAACAAGAAGAAGAGAGAAGAUGGAGAUUGAAGCAAAGAGAUGGGGUUUCCGUGGAAAGCAAGAGCUGAACGCAGCAUCAGCCUCCACUGUGCGAGGAUAUCUCAACCUAUUAAUGGGCAACAUCAACAAAGAUAAUAGCUCUUCAGUCAUUCGUCUUGGUCAUGGCGACCCCUCUCAUUUUCCAAGCUUCAAGACUACCCCUGCAGCUGAAGAUGCCAUUGUUGAUGCUCUACGUUCGGCUAAGCAUAAUUGUUAUGCGCCUUCUGCUGGUGUUCUUCCGGCAAGGAGGGCAAUUGCAGAUUACCUUAACCGUGACCUUCCUUGCAAGUUAUCACCGGAUGAUGUUUAUCUCACAAGUGGGUGUACUCAAGCAAUAGAAGUAGUAAUAAAUGUUCUUUCCCGUCCUGGUGCCAAUAUUUUGCUUCCUAGACCGGGCUUCCCAUACUAUGAAUCUCGUUCUGCUUAUAAUCAUCUGGAAGUACGUCAUUAUGAUCUUCUUCCUGAAAAAGGUUGGGAGGUUGAUCUUGAUGCUGUAGAGACUAUUGCGGAUGAGAAUACUGUCGCUUUGGUUAUUAUAAACCCAGGCAACCCUUGUGGAAAUGUCUUCAGCUAUGAACAGUUGCACAAGGUUGCAGAGACAGCAAGAAAGCUUGGGAUUUUGGUUAUUUCUGAUGAAGCUUACGACAAUCUGGCAUUUGGAAGCACUCGUUAUGUGCCAAUGCGAGUGUUGGGGUCAACCGUGCCUGUUCUCACCCUGGGGUCUAUAUCAAAGAGAUGGAUCGUUCCAGGAUGGCGCCUGGGGUGGAUUGUCGCAAGCGAUCCCAAUAGCAUUCUUAAAAAAUCUGGGGUAAUUGAUUCGAUCGCAGAAUUCCUCAAUGUCUCUUCUGAUCCGGCUACCUUUAUCCAGGCAGCGAUUCCUCAAAUCCUGGAGAAUACAAAGGAAGAUUUUUUCUCAAAGAUUAUCAGCACCCUGAGGGAAUGUGCUGAUAUAUGUUACAAUAGAAUUGAAGAGAUACCUUCCUUAACUUGUCCAAAGAAACCGGAAGGAUCAAUGUUUGUAAUGGUGAAGUUGAACCUAUCAAUGUUGGAAGACAUUAAUGAUGAUAUGGAUUUCUGCCUCAAGUUAGUUGAAGAAGAAUCAGUCAUUGUUCUACCAGGGAUAGCAGUGGGAUUGAAGAACUGGCUUCGCAUUACUUUUGCUAUUGAACCUUCUCUUCUCCAAGAAGGGUUGGGAAGGAUAAAAGGCUUUUGCCAAAGGCAUGCCAAGAAGCAAUAAAAUAACGGGAGUAGAUUGGUGUUUGUGUUGGAUUUCAUAACCCAAAUAAAAUUGCUGGUUACCGAUAAAUUAUUGGCUGGCCUUUAAUGAUCCCGUUUGUAUCUGUUAUUUUGCCCAUCAACUGCUUUGUGGUUUAUAAAGUUUAAGAUUUUAUUUUUAAUAUUAUUAUCAAAAGAUAAAAUUACUUAACA